AUGAAUUAAAAAGAUGAAAAUUCUAUUGAUGAAAUUGCAGACUAAAAUGACUUAGUAUGGUUAUAUAAUUAAGCAUUAAAACCAAAAAAAUUUGAUUAAAUUCUAUUAAAAUUCACAAAUAUUCAAAUUAGAUUUUAUCCAUUUAAUUAAGAAAAAGAAUUAACUGAAAAAUAAGUAUCAACAACUACAAUACCUUCUUCAACAAAGAACAUAAAAAUCUCUAUGAGAAUUAGGAGACAAUGUUGGAUUGAAAUUUGAAUUGAUAGAAUAACAACUCAUUAUUCUAAAAAAAAAAAUAUUGGAUACUUUUACUUAAAUUUUUUAUUUAAAUGUUGAAAUUCAUUCAUUUGUUGGGUCAUGCUUAAAAAUAGAAAUAUAUGAGUUUGAGCCUUAUAUGGAUCAUUUUAAAGAAAGAGAUAAAGAUGCAUAUUAACAAGUAAUUGAAAACGUUUUAAAAAAUGUAUAAUAAAAAGGUAAGAUGAAUAACAAUGCAAGUUAAUGGGUUCAUAUAUUGAACUACUUUCGGUUUUCUCACUAAAUUGAGAUGAAAACUAGUUUAAAAUCCUUUAAGGAAAAUUGUAUGGGGCUUUUGUUAUUAAACUAUCCAAGAAGAAAACCUAAGAAAAUAUAUAGUUAUCUUUGUUUCAUUCAAAGGAUGAAAGGAGAAUUUUUCAAUUAAAAUUAAGGUGCCAAAUGA